AUAACAGGAAGUAGCUUCUUAGCCGGCAGCUCAGAGCUACAUGACUCUGCAGUUUGCUCAACAUGUUUUUUCUUCUUAUUUUUCUCUACCUGCUGGCGUUUGCAUCACAAGAUGUUCAGGACCUGAGAGCCAGACCUGGAGAUAAUGUGACUCUGGAGUGUCAGGAGUCCAGCCAUGGAGCCGUCACCCUGCUGGCCUGGACCAGAGCCGACCUGCAGGACCAUGACUACGUCCUCUUCUACAGGGACAAACGUCUCUAUGAACACUACCAGCAUUGGUCCUUCAGAGGACGGGUGAAGCUGAGAGACACGACGUCCCUGCAGGACGGAGACUUCUCCAUCCUCCUUCAGAACGUCAGCACCAGGGAUGCAGGGACAUACAUGUGCCGGGUUUCUAGGAGGAGCCCAGGAGGACGGGAUGGAGGACGGGACGGAGGACGGGACGGAGGACGCUCUGAGUUCAAACAGCUCGUCAACCUCAUUGUCUCAGGUGGAGGAGGAGGAGGAGGAGGAGGAGGAGGAGGGAGGAAUGAAGGUCGGAGUGGUGACAUUAGGGGAAAAAAACACUGUGGUGUUAAUUUUCAGCGUGUGUCUUCUAUUGCUGCUUUUCUUGGGUUUAGUUGUGUGUAGGAUAAGAAAAAGACUAAGUUCUGGAACUGCCUGCACGGACAGGUCCUCUCGUCGUCCUGCAGAGACCGAAGAGGAGAAAACAGACGGUGCCACUCUGAGUCUGACUCCUUCUGACAACUCGGAAAUCCCGGCUUUUAGUCGGAAAAAUCAACUGUAGCAGCUACUAAAGACUUUCCCCUCGGCAGAUAACAUUUCCAAGGCUAAUAGUGCGUUCCAUUUAUCCUUUGUAGUGGGAGUUAUUGACCGCCUGGUCAGAAAUCUUAACUGGACGGCUCCUAAAGUCGGCAUUACGAGUCAGAAACUCAGUGCAGCAGGAUAGUACCAGACUUCUGCAUUCAUGAUGGCAGAUUUGCACUAAAUAUCAGCUAGAACAGCGUUAAUGUCAUUGUUGUUCUUUUAACAACAGUGACAGUGUCCAGGUUUUUUCCUACUGUCCAAUAAGAGGGAAACUGGAACACAACAAGGCAGAGAAGACGUUCUCUGCAACUCGUUAGUUCUGACCUCCGAGGCAAAAGAAACGUACCGUUAGUCUGACUUUGCUCUCUAAAAGUCUGAGAAUUUAAGACUGUUGGGUCUAAAAUGGCAGCUUGACCUAAAAUCAUUGUUACAUGUAGCGGCUGCAACUCUGAACCUAAGAAAUUAAAAGUGGUGUUUGUCUGUGAUAAGUCCAGCUUUAAAGCACAUUUAGAGGUACUAUGAAGAAAACAGCAGCUUUCCUGGCCUAACCUUCUUUUCUCUGUGUUUACUGAAACGCUGUUCACUCUGGUUUACCUCGUUCUCAUCCUGAGCGUACGGUGGACUGGAUGGGUCAAAAAGGAGAGGCCAGGUGAAUGCUGGGUAAAGAAAGCAUUAAUGAGACUAGACACUACAACACGAUCCACUGAUCGUUACACAUGUUGCAUUAAAUAGUUUAGAUCUCUGUUGAGAAAAAAACAUUUGGGCAAUUUUCUGAGAAUUCAACUCAUUUCCUUUAAAUCUCAUUUUAAUGCUACAUAUGUCGCCCCCUGCUGGUAAAAAGGACCCAAAGACUGUCACAGUAUUUUCGUAUUUAUGAUCGAAUUAACUAAAAAUUAGGACAAACAUGUAUUUUUAUACAAAUGUUUAUUUAUUUUUCUAAAUAUUUUCCAUUUUCUUAACGUUUAUAAGCAUAAAGCUGCUGAUGGGUUCACUGUAAAGGAAAACCUACUGAUGUUUACCACAUGUCUGUUAGCAUUCCUCUCAUCGUGGUACAGAACACUUUAGUCCUUUAUAGAGCAAUAAUGUGAAUGUUUCCAGUUACAUAAAGCUUUUGAAUAUCUGGUUUUCUAUGUGUUUUUACUGUUUUUACUGUAAUAUUUUCUCAUAAUAAAAGUAAGAAGCUGACU